AGGGUUUGUUCACUGGGGUUGGGAGGCACAUACAGUUCAGCUGCUCCAGGUUUCCUGUUGGAUGGCUCAUGCACAGACUCUACUGAGAAAGGGAGCCGAAAAGGAAGCGGAGCGUGCGCGCACGUUGUCAGGAGGAACUGGUUAUGCUGCGCCUUCCUCUGUGCCAUAUCACUAGCUAUCAUCACAGCUGUCGUUAUUCACACUAACAGCAGCCCGUUUUGAACUAGAACACCGGAAUCCGAGGCUGCUGUGCCCGGCAAUGCGCCAUCAGCCCCGCUACGUCGCCAACACGGUUAAGCGCUGAGAAUGGCUUCACUGAGGAUGGUCGGAAAAGUUACGGGGAGACUUUUGGGAAGUGUUCAGCUUCUUCACUGCGGUUCCAAAAGUGCUCGCCCGGCUACAUGUCUUCACCAGGUUCAGCAGAAGUGGCUUCUGCUUGGAAAUUGUCCAGCUCUGUUCUACAGCUCACUCCCACCCCCCAGUGAUGUGUCUCUGAAGUACCAACAUGGCCGUUUGGUUCUGGAGGUCCCGUUGCCAUCCAGGAAAGAGAAGUGUGCGUUCUUCCUCAAACCCAUGCUGAUGAGUGUAGGAGACCUGAUCGCUGAUCUGCAGAAAGAGGACCCCGGAGCUACCGCAUCUAUUUACUCUAAGGAUGGAGAGCUUGUUGCCAGCAGCACACUGAUACACACUCUGCUGGACAAGGACUUCAAGCUUGUCAUCAAUAAUGCAGUUUAUGAUGUCCAGUUGCCUCAAAUGGUGCGUGCAUCCAGUGAACAUACCAUGGAGCUGCAGGAUAUACAGCAUGUUGUACAUCUGCUGCACACAGCCCUCCACCUGCCCAACCACCACCUGCUGAAAGAACAGCAGCUGCUGGAAAAGCUGGACAACCUCAAAGAAGAACUUUCACCUCUAGAGAAGGUGAAGGAACAGCUGUCCCAUACAGCAGAGAUCAGGUCAUCCAGGGCUCUCUGGAUUGGCCUGGCCCUGUUAUCUGUGCAGGGUGGCGCUCUAGCCUGGCUCACCUGGUGGGUCUACUCAUGGGACGUCAUGGAGCCUGUCACGUACUUCAUCACCUACAGCACCAGCAUUGCAGCCUUUGCAUAUUAUGUUCUUACCAAACAGGAUUAUGUGUAUCCAGAUGCUAAAGACAGACAGUUCCUGCAUUACUUUUAUAAGGGAGCCAGGAAGAAGGAAUUCAAUGUGAAAAAAUACAAUGAGCUGAAGGAUGAACUGGCUCAGGUGGAGGAGGACCUGAGGCGGCUGAGAUUUCCAACUCAGCUGAAGCUACCACUUGAACAGAUCCAGCCAAAGUCAUGAAUAAAGCAAGGCCAUGAAGGUUUUGUCACUCACACAAAGCAAAAAAAAAAAACUUUUUUGCUUUAUUUUGAUAGCGGCACCUUUUUACCAGGAAUCAUAUCAUGUUUUGUUUACAAACUUGAAAAUGAUGCUAAUUAUAUCUGAUAAAUACCGAGGACCUAAAAUAAAGUGUUCCCCUAUUAAUAGGAGUGUUUUCUGUCUGAACAAGGUCGUCUUAUGGAACUCUCAGAGGUGUUGUGACUGUAGUUACUGCUGAUGGACAGAACCCUGAUUCAUUAUAUAAGAUGGAGAUUUGUUUACAAUUUCAGGGUACAAGUGUCAUAAAGACAUCACAUGAAUACUUUUUUUUUUUUUUUACACAAAAUGAAGGUUUUUAUUAAACAAAAUCACUGUGUGAGUAUAAAGUAAAUGUCACACGAAACGUAUUGUACAAAAUCACAACAGUAAGGCCAUUAAAAUACAAGUCCAGAGGAUGCUAUUGUGCUUGCUUUUUCCUGAGUCAUACAUCAUGUGCCAGAGCUUUGUGUUUUAGGUUUCACAGCACGACCCAAUCCCUAAGGUAUCAAGCCCUGAACCCUCAAGACUUAAGUGGCAUCACCUGUAAGUGACUGAGUGCAAGAGUCUGCAAGGGCUGGAAACUGUAUCAACAGGAAUGUGACUUACACUAUCACAUCACCAUGACAACGCCAAAAUUAGUGUUUGUUUACUGUUAGUCCUCUUUAUUUUUCUUAUGUCUGUUUUCAUUGGCAUUUUACUUUUUACGCUUCCAGCCUUCCCCAGGCAGGCUAAUCCCAUGUUUCAUGUCACAACGCUAUGAAAUGUGGGGAUUUCCCUCAGGCAGAGUCUGCAGAAUUGCUAACUUAUGGAAAGUAAGCAUAAAGCGCUCAGAAUGGAGGCGAGAGAUCCCUCAUACACUUGACAAUUUCAUAGUGUGACAGCCCUGAGCCCUCGUUAACUCAGUGGGAAUGUGGAUCUGUGAGCGUGGACAGUGGGAUUGGGUCCAUCUGUUUAAAAGGCCACCGUUUCUCCCUGAGCUACUAUCAGCUGCAAAUAUGCAUUAUUAAAUGUAGUGCUGUAAAGUGCAACAAGACAAAGAACAGCACAAACACAAAUUCCCUUUUAGAGGGACCACAUUGAAGACAGCGUGUUUAUGUAGUGUCUGGAUGUAGUGUGUUAAGAGAUUUUAGGUGAUCAUUAGUGCUUACAGAAACACUGAACAAAGUCAUUGCUAGUACCUGGUUAUUGUGGUGUUCUGUUACCUCAGAAUUACCUGACAUUUCCAGUUUCUCCAGAGACAGUCUGAGAAAGCUUUCCCUCAACAAGGACACUGUGAACAACCCUGCAGUCUUAAAGCAAGUAGUUGAAAAAUGUGCACUGAGCUACUGGGCUUGAACACAGUAACAAGAACAUCUUACUGCAUCAUGCAAUCAGUACAAGAAGACCAGAAAUUAUUGU